CUGAUCUCCCGAUCGCUGCCAACCUGCCCCCUCCGGCCGUGCUUGACACUCCCAAUCGCCCCCACACCCUCGGCGACUCCAUCUCUGCACCCUCUCGCAGUCAUCUCUCGAACGUUGGCUGCUGCAUCGCCUGCUCGCUUUUCCAGCCAUGGAUCCGUCCAGUCCGAACAACGAAACUCCCGAAUCGCUCCGUCAGAAGCGACUCGCCAAGUUGGCUGCGGCCAGCACCAGUCCUGCAGCUUCGUCAUCGGCACAAGCGGAGCCGACCACUGUCCUCUCGGCCGGACCGUCCGUGAAGAAGGCCGCAGUGGCAAAGGAGAGUGGCCCAAGCACCCCGAAUGCCUUGAAGCUCCAGUCGACCGCCUCCCCUACUCCAUCGGCCACCGCAACGCCGACGACCGCAACGACCCCUUCUGGCACGGAUCGACUCGUCAGCCAGUUCCUGUCGUUCGCAGACUCAGAUUGGGAGGGCCAGACAUUUGAGUUUAUCUUCCAAGUCAGCUUCAACGUGGAUGUUGCUCUGCGCAAGUCCUACAUGUACAUCCCGUCGCUUAUCGAGGAACUGCAGUCCGAGUCGAUUCCGUUGGUGUUUACGCACGAUCUUGUCGAGCGAGUGCUCUAUGCACGCUUGCUGACUCCUGCGGCGGAUGAUGCACCCUUGAUCGACUACAUCAUCGGCUGCUGGAAGAGAAUCGCAGAGGUCAAGCGCCGCGCCACCAUCGUUGUUGAUCGAGCCAACGGCGAGACCCGCAAGCAGGUCCAGGAGGUCGCCGCCCGACGUGUCGGCUAUGUGACCGCUGCCAAGGCUCUGAUCAUGAACUACAGCUGGCUCGUCAUGAUGCCUGGCAUGGCCGAUAGCUUUGCCCAGCCCGCAAGAGUCGCUGAGGUGGCAUCCGGACUGCUUGCCGAGAAGCUUUUGCUGCCCAACCCUGACGAGAGCGAAAGCCAGCUCCCUCCCGAGUUCCUCGAGGACUUUGUUGCCCGCUAUGAGAAUGACGAGUUCUUGGAGAUCCUGGGGCCGAUCUUUUCGUCGGUCUCUGCCAAGAUGCUCAAGGGCUCGAUCGAGCAACACGAGCAGAUUCCUUUGCAGGCGCUUAUUCGACUGCUUUCGUUCAAGUCUGUGGCCGCAGCGGUUACUCAGCUCCCGCAGUUCAAUCCUCAAGAUACGCCUCCGCGUUUGGUCGAAGUUGCGACGACCCUCGGCCCGUUUCUCUCUCGGCUCACCACCUUCCCAGACUCGGACCAGUCCAUCGUGACCAAAUACUUUUCAAGUUCGAAUCCUUUGGCAUAUGGCAUGGAGCCUGGUACCAACUAUAUUGGGUUCGACGUUGGCAUGCGCAACUACGGUGACCUCCAAAGCACCAUGGGCAGCCUGAGAGGUAUCAGCGCCCGCACCAAGAGCUCCUUGGGCGGGGUCUUCCUCACGAUCAUUCGGUCUAGUGCCGAGGCCAAGGAGGCCAUCCUGCAGUUUUCGGCAGACGCUGUGUCCAAGAACAUUGCAAGAGGGAAGCUUCAGGUCGAUCCACGUACCGUCUCAACGAACGGCUUUAUGCACAAUCUUCGGAGCGUCUUCCUGCAGCUGGCCGAUCCCAUCAUGGAUCCCAAGUUCUCCAAGGUUCAUCUCAUCGAUCCGCACUACUUCAAGCACUCGCAGCGGCUUGCCUGUGUUGUGGACGAGCAGACGCGAAUCAACUCGGACAAGAUCUCGGCUGAUGCUUACUUCCAGGAAUGGCGGGCUGAAAAUCCCACUCCAGCUGCAGCAAACUUUGUCAGCGAGGUGUUUUACCUUGCCCUCGCAUUCCACCACUACGGAUCCCUGAGCAUCAUCCGGACGUACGGCAGCUUUUUGAAGGAGGUUGAGGAGAUGCGCAAGCAGAUUGAUCGCAUGAGAGCAGAGAAAGAACGCCUUGGGGCCCAGUGGACUCCUAUGAACGAAGAGCUCUUCAAGCGAUACCUGGUUCAGUUGGAUACGUACAUUGGCUACAAACUUGCCAUGGAUGUGGCGUUGCUGGACCCCAUCGAAAUCGAGCACUCGCUCCGAUUCUUCAACUUGGUCAUCGUCUGGCUCAUUCGGAUCAUCGUCGUGGGUAUCGGGGCCAUUCACGCCAACGGCUCCAAGCCUGACAGCAUCCAAUGGGACCGCGUCAUCCGUGGCGAUCUUCAAGGCCUUCCGCUUUUCCCACUGCCUGCCGAGGCACCAAAGCUCUUCACGACCCUCCCGGAGUGGAUUAUCGAGGACAUUUGCGACUACUACCUCUUUGUGUGCAGAAACAACCUGAUCGUCUUGGAGACGUUCCCACGCGACGGAAUCUGUGCCUUUGCCAUGCUCAUUUUGCAGAACUCUGGAUACAUCAAGAACCCCUAUCUGAAGAGCAAAUUGGUGGAGAUCAUGUUCUUCUUUACAGUUCCACUGUACCGUAAUGCCGCCGGGGAGGUUGUCAAGCGUCUGGAUGAUGUCUUUGGCACGCAUCCUCUGAUGCGUGAGCACCUUGUUCAAGCCGUCAUGUCCUUCUACAUUGAUGUGGAGCAAACGGGCAUGGCAUCGCAGUUUUAUGACAAGUUCAACAUUCGCUACAACAUAUCACAUAUCCUCAAAUGUGUCUGGAACGAUCCUACUCAUCGAACCAACGUGAUCAAGGAGAGCAUGCGUUUGGAAUCGUUCGUCAAGUUUGCCAAUCUCCUGAUGAACGAUACGCGAUAUUUGCUCGAUGAAGGCCUCGACAAAAUGACCGAAAUCCGCACUAUUGAGAACGAAAUGGCCGAUGCCAGCACCUGGAUGAGUGGCACGCAGCAGCAUCGUCAAGAACGGGAGGCCACUUUCCGCAUGGCCGAGCGACAAGCAUACAGUUACAUGUCCCUGGGCAACGAGACUGUGCAUAUGCUCAACUACAUGACCACCAACGACCGCAUCUGCAUCCCCUUCAUGCAGCCAGAGAUUGUCGAGCGUCUGGCUGCUAUGCUGGACUACAACCUGGCUGCGUUGGUGGGCCCGCGCUGCACCGAGCUCAAGGUCAGGAAUCCCGAGAAAUACAGCUUCAGGCCAAAGUCGCUGCUGAACGACCUGAUUGGCAUCUACCUGAAUCUGGCCCGCAGAAAAGAGUUCCAGGUUGCCAUCUCCAAGGACGGCCGCUCGUACAAGAAGGAGCAUUUCCAUCGCGCCGCCGACAUUCUGGUCAAGAGCAGUCUACGGAACGAGGGGGAGCUUAGUGCCCUCCGAGACUUUGUCGACACCGUCGAGGCCCUUAUCAAAGCCGAAGCCGAUGCCGAACAGGAAUACGGAGAGGCUCCAGACGAGUUCUUGGAUCCGUUGAUGUUUACGCUGAUGGAAGACCCGGUCAUCUUGCCCACGAGCCACGUCACCGUGGAUCGGUCCACGAUCAAGAGCCACCUUCUUUCUGAUCAGCAUGAUCCAUUCAACCGUAUGCCCCUGACAAUCGACAUGGUCGUUCCAAAUGACGAGCUCAAGCAGCAGAUCUAUGAAUGGAAACGCUCAAAGCGGGCGGCCAAGGAUGAUCCCAUGGAGUUCUGAGGGCUCCUCGUUUGCAGUGAGCGGGUGUCGAUGGCUCCGUAAAGUGUGACACGAGAAUCCAAGCGCAGACCAUCUCCCGGAGCCGAAGGAUGUGUAUUUCCCAUCUCCUCCUUUCCCGAAUACAUGACUCGAAGCUGGGCAAUGU